UUUAUUUGUGCGAUCAUAUGAAAAAGUUUUGUCUUUUGUUAAUGGUUUAGAUAUUUUUAUAAAUUUUUAUAUCAUGUUUGAACAUUAAAGUUUGUGUUGAUAACAAUUGUAACUAAAACGGACAUUAUAACUGGCAAAAUUUGGAGAAAUGAUAACGAGGAUGUGUUAUGUAAUAUAAAUUAAAUCAUGGAAUUUUAAUAUCUCAACGAGUUAAAUUUGACUGAAUGAAAUGGAGAUGAACAACACAGCAGAGCAGGAAAUAAUUGAGCAAUUCUCUGUAUUACUUCCGUCGUUUGUGUUUAUUUGUAUUUUGAUAACUGUUGGUAUACCUGGUAAUAUACUGGCUAUAAUUGUGUACGGGUUUAAACUUAAAACAACGACAGGGAGGUAUGCCAUUGUUUCACUAGCUAUAUGUGAUGUUGUAAAUUGUGUUCUAAGCAUUCCAGUUGAACUGUUUGUGAUGACGAGGUACUGGCAUUUCGAGCAUGCUGCGUUGUGUAAAAUGUCACGAUUCCUUACCUAUGCCAUGAACAACUCGUCCGCUUUGAUAUUACUUGCAAUAGCUGUUGAAAGAUAUCGUGCAAUAUGUAAUCCACAUAAGCCAAAAAUUAGCAGCUCGUGCAUUUUUAAAGCAUGUGUAACACUAAUUAUUGUAGGAUUUAUAAUUGCCCUGCCAGCGCUCUGGAUUUACGGGAUUCAGACAGAUGCUUGGUUACAUGGAAAUAUUUUAAAAUUACCAUAUACUGUCAACACUGAGUAUAACAAUACGAUAAUACACCAUUCCGACUCAAAUAUUGUCUCGUAUCUCAUGUCAAAUAAGAGCGCAUACAAAUAUAGCGGUACUCAAAUAGUAACUAAGCGAUGUCUGAUGGAUGACAGAUUUAGACAAACAUGGUUUGCAUAUUCUCAUUUCGGAUUUGUUACGAUCGCUUCUGAGAUUAUACUAGUUAUCCUUAUCGGUAUCUAUAUCCAGAUUGGCAGAAAAAUCUACGGACUUAGAAACAUGGGCAGCUGCUCUGCAGACGAAGAGAGCAUGCGCAGAUCUGCAAAACGAAAGAAACAAGCAACACUUGUGCUUUUCCUGAUAACUUUAGCUUUCGAAUUCACAUUCUUGCCGUUUACAAUUAUAACCAAUAUCAGGUUCUUCACAGAACCUGCAUGGUAUAAUAACCUGUCUAAUGCUGGGAAGAUGGCCUACCACUUUUUUCUAAGGUCGUAUUAUUUCAACAAUGCCGUGAAUCCCUUCAUAUAUUGUGUUAGUUGCGGGAAUUUUAGGUCAGCACUAUUCAAACUUUUUCAAACAUUGAAACAAAAAGUACGCAAUUGCUGCAACGGGUCAGAGAUAGAGUUUUGAAAAUUUGUGAUAUUUUGAAAUAUGAAUACAUUAAGUUCAGUUUAUCACUUUUCGUUCGUGUCUUUAGGAAACAAAAUCAAACGAAGCAAUAUUUGAAACAGUAUAUUAAACAUUCGUUAAAACAUAAACGAACAGCUGACUGGUUAAUCUUUAUUAUCCGACCUUAAAACUGAACGUAAUUUAUCAGAAAGGAGAUAAUAAGUGAAAUAUUUAAUGAAUUUGGAUGCAUAACAAACUGCUAUCACAGAAGAGAAGAAAUAGAGAAGAGAAAAACAAACAAUUUUGCUGCAACUGGAAUUUAAAGAAGUUUUUUUGUUUUACUCUAGUGGUUGAUUUUAUAAUUCAUCAUCAGUGAGUGCACCUAGUCGAUAAGAUUGUUUUCAUGCCAUGGAACUUUCGUAAUUGGUGCAUUUGUUUUAUUUGUUGUAAACAAGAUGUACCUCGUAUGUUUGUUAUCAGAUUCAAGUAUAUUGUCAUCAACGCUCAUGGACUAAAUGAUACGAUGUUCUGGUCAGAUUAAUUUUAUAGAUUAAAGUACAUUUAUUGUAAAUGGUGAGUACUGAACAACACUUUGUUGAUUUUGAAUUUUUCCACACAUUAUAGAACAACAUCCAAAUAACAGUGUUAAAAACAGAAUGUAUGUAGUAUCAUUGACUGCAAGUCUUUACAAUUCAAAUUGUAUCAUUUUUUGCGAGCACAAACGUUUUUAAUUCAGAUCGCUGCGUCAUUUGUUGCAAGCUUAUAAGAUUCGAUUUGUAUUAUAUUUACGAUCAGUAGAUGCGUUUACCAAAUGUGCUUAAUAUUCUGUGUAAAUGUCAACCUAGUUUUAAUCUUUUUUCUGAAAAUGAUAUUUUCUUCACUGAAAAUUUUUUUAUACGAUGAAGUGAGUUUAAUAACUUUAAAAGAAUUUAAUUUAAGAGAGUUUUUCUGUAUUGAACUAUUGUAUAUAACAUGAUUACAUUUAUCUACCAGUUAAAGCAAUAUUUGUCUAGUAAGUUAUCAAAAUCAAGCCUAUUAUUAAUAUUAUCUUCGGAAAACGGCUAUCAUUUUAGGUUUACACCGGAUUAAUAAAUAUCGUUCACGCUUCGAUUUUUUUUCUUGUUGUUGUUAUUUUUUUGGGUUGGGGUGUAAUCUUCAACAAAAGAACAUAUUUACUAGAUGAUGUAGGAAAUUUCCGACCUCUCUCCGAAUUAUUGAAUCAGUAAUACAGCAGCAGAUACUAGGUCUUUCACGAGAAAUAUAUCCGCUUAUCUAUUCUGGCUUAAUGAAAUAUACAAAUAACAUUAGAAAUGUGAAAUGAUCAAGAGACAAACGAUACAAAUACAGAUACAAAUAUUCACUUUUGUGUUUUAAUGAAAACUACAGUUGAAAAGUAACUAAAUAAAUUGUAAAGAACAGUUUUGGUUUAUCAGUUACGUAUUGAUCAAUGCAAAUGCUACAAUCUCCUAGACUUGUAGGAGUAUUUUGCUACUUGUCACUUGCAUUUAUUGAACAAUGACAAAUAUGGACAAAUAAUUAAUUAUUAUUUGUACGUCUGCGUAUAUUUGUGGUAACCUGAAUCUUGACAUUUCAAUAUGAUUACGUUUAUCAAAAUCAUCCCGUGCGAUAACGCCGUCUUUAAUUUCAUAUGUCAUGAACACCACAAUACCCACACAGCACGCAAAUGCCAAGACCAAAACAAAAAACUUCAUAACUACGUAUAAAGUAACAAUUUCCUGAAUGCCAAAUCAUAUUAAUUCUAGAAAAAAAAUGUUUGCGUAUUAAAAGGCAAUAGUACGUUACAAAUGAUUUUAAAUGCUUUUCGAGAAUAUAAACUGUCUAAAAGAGUUUCGUACAUUUAAGUACAAUGAUAUAAUUGGUAAGGCACAACUGUAAUUGAAUAUAAGAAUAUGAAAAAAUAUGAAAGAUAUGUAUAAAAGCAAAAAUAAUUCGUAUCAAAUCAUAGGUAAAAUUUAAAUAUGUUUUAUUGUUGGCGAAUUUGUAUCACGUUAUAUACAGGAUAAGGAAAUAUAUACCAUGAUACCGUGGUUUAUAAAAUGGUCCCGUGAUCAAUAAUCGAUAAAACAGUAAUGACAUAUCUGUUUCAACCCAAAUUAUUACAAGUCUUUCGUCUAAAUUUGCAACAAAAAAGGAAAAUCGUGAAGUGAGCUGUCAGUAAUCAAGUUC